UAUUCCAGGUGGCAGGAUUCAAGUCACGUGGUCUUUCUUUGCACGCCAUAUUGCUACUGCCCUGUCUUUAAACUGUGAAUACUAUCCCUGAUCCACAAAGAUGGUCAAGGAAGACAGGACCACCUGGAAGUCCAACUACUUCCUUAAGAUUGUUCAACUUCUGGAUGAAUAUCCAAAAUGUUUCAUAGUGGGUGCGGACAAUGUCGGUUCCAAGCAGAUGCAGAAGAUCCGACAGGCCCUACGAGGGAGAGCUGUUGUGCUUAUGGGAAAGAACACCAUGAUGAGGAAGGCCAUCAGGGGCCAUCUGGAGAAUAACCCAGCCCUGGAGAGAUUGCUGCCACACAUCAGAGGCAAUGUGGGAUUCGUAUUCAGCAAGGAGGAACUUACCGAUAUCCGAACUGUCGUCAUGGAAAACAAAGUGAAGGCCCCUGCCCGUGUGGGAGCCAUCGCUCCCCUGGAUGUGACUGUUCCAGCCCAGCACACCACUCUAGGCCCAGAGAAGACCUCUUUCUUCCAAGCUCUGCAGAUUCCUACCAAGAUCACUAAGGGCACCAUUGAAAUUCUGAAUGCUGUGAAUCUGAUCAAGACAGGAGAUAAAGUCGGACAGUCCGAGUCAACUCUCCUCAACAUGUUGGGAAUCUCCCCAUUCUCAUAUGGGUUGAUAAUUGAACAAGUCUAUGACUCUGGCACCAUCUUCUCCCCGACGAUCCUGGACAUCACCGAUGACGACCUACGAGCGAAGUUCAUGCAGAUUGUCCGCAACAUCGCCAGUGUGUCUCUGAUGAUUGGCUACCCAACAGCUGCAUCUGCCCCUCACUCCAUCGUCAAUGGAUUCAAGAGGCUCCUGGCCAUCGCUGUGGAGACUGAGUACAGCUUCCCUGAGGCUGAACAGACAAAGGAGUACCUGAAGGAUCCAUCCAAGUUUGCCUCCACUGUUGCUGCCCCAGCUGCCUCUGCAGCACCAGUGAAGGCAGAGGCCAAGAAGGAGGAAUCUGAGUCGGAAGAUGAAGACAUGGGCUUUGGUCUCUUUGACUAAGGGAGAUAAUUCCUGUGUAACUCCCAGCAUCUGAUGUCUCCAGUGCCGGCUACAAGCCAUAUGGCCUGAAGAUAAUAAACUUGUAAUUGACAA